GGUAGGGGACAAGGGAGGCGAAAAGAGAACGCGCGGGAAAUGAAAUUCUUGCGUUUCCGCGCUCCAAGAAUUUCGCGAGCGCUGAGCUGAAAGUGGCCUACGUGUAACUUAACUAAAGCAAACAAAGCAAGUGGCAUGCCGAAUGUGAGGCUUUACGGUAAAGCUCGCUCAAAUCUCUCUUCACGCUCUCUGUCCCUGCUGCGCUUCUCCUGUGUUGAUCUUCCGUUCUGACCUUCAGUAAAUCCUAACGCGUUUCCCUGAGUGGCCAGAAGAUAAUUUGCCACGUUUUUCAAAGGUUUCCAGGGAAGGCUCUUAACCCUUUGGGGAAGGCCUUUGGGCAAAGUUACAAAUGGAACGCAAAGGCAAUCUCCGCGCCCUUCUUGGUCAGACAAGUUCAUGGCAGUGGAACAGAACAGAAUGACGGCUGUAACUGAUCAUCCAAAGUAACUAAUGGUCUGCGAACAAAUUCUUGCUCUCCCUUCCUCCCCGUUUCAACUUUAAAUACUUCGCCGCACACCAACGCUCAGUGCAGUGAAAAUCGUGGUGUUUAUUUAGAUAUCGACUGAGUACUUAAAAAACUUAAACUUUCAAAUGUUAAAGUGAACUCCUUGGUAAGGACUCCUGGCUACAUCAACAAAGCAAUGUAAUGCCUGAUUAAUAGUGCUGAUUAAUGUUGGCCAGGUUAAUGCUGAGCCCAUUACAAUAAUUAAAUUGUUCAGCCAUAUAUCAAAGGAGAGUUAAUGAAAAAAUAAUUUAUUUAGGACUUUGAGGCAUUCUCAUGAUCUUUCAAAGAUCUAUGAUGGACGGUAUGGGUCAUUUGUAACUGUAACUGGUUGAUAGCUGUCUUCAACAACAAAAACUUGAUUUAAAAAGAAGCUCUUGGAUGGGGAAUCAGUUUAUUUUUGAGGCUCUGUAAUUGAUAAGGAGAGUGAUGAAACGUUCACAACCUGAAAAGUGCUUGGUCCAUAAAAUCAUAUACACAGGGGGCAGCCGAUGAUUGUUUCUGCAUAAAGUCAUUGAUUUUUGAUUCUCAGUUUUUGUCAAGGGGUCAUUUUAAUAAGAAAGGUAAAAUUUUGAGGCAAGGUCCCCACUUUGAAAUAAAAGUGUUUUAGGAAAAAAACCCAAAAGUUAUGGCUAUGUGAGUAUGAAUUCCACAAGCUAUUUUUCCACUAGCCAAAAUAAAAAUGAGUUGGUGAUAGAUUGUUGUCCUUAAAAUACUAUUGUAUUUGAAUUUAUUUCCACUACCUUGUCACCUGAAAAGGAAAACUGAGUUGAACAGAACUUGAAUCUUAUUUUUAAAAAUUAUUUCGUUUCUUCUCACCAGUACCUUUUGGAAAUAUCUAAAGUAUGGAUUAAAAAACAUUUUUUAAAAGCUGGUGUGAAAGUUUUUAUUUAUCAUUGUUGUUUCUAUUAGUAAGCCUGGCUAAGUAGAGAUAAGUGUAUAUGUUUAGUAAUUUAAGUAUUUUGAGAUUACUGUGGAUGGUUGUUUAGAAUCAUCUUCUGAUAACUAUGGGAUUUCUUACCCUAUUAUGAAAGAACUUUUGUGCGUGGUUUCUAGAUAUAUUUUUUGGUGCACAUUUGGGUUUUCACUAAAAAUUUCUAUUUCUUCUCUGCAUCCAAUAAUUACUUUCUUCAUUCCCAUGAAAUUUGUCAGAUCCUCUCAUUAGAGUGGCUUAGUCUAGCUGUCAAGUUUCUAGGGCAUUCAAUUGCAGAUAAGUGACUAAAACACCAGCUAAAGAGCAUUUUUUCUUAACAGAUGGUGGAAAACAAACGUCUUUUGGAGAAGAACCGAAGGGGAUAGGUUAAAAGGUCAAUAAACAAUUAUUUUUGUGCUGAAACGGGGGGGGGGCUUUCUGGUCACAUUCGGUGGGGAGCCGCUCGCCCAAUCUGGGGGAUAUGGAACAAUCCAACAGACCUCAAGGCUGUUGCCCAGGGACCACCUCAGACGGUGGUGGUGGUGGGGGGUUAUCUCCCCUCUGGACGGCUCGGACGGGCCACUGAGUGGUCAAACCGUCGUGUCGCAGGAGUGCUUCUGCUGAAGUUAGGCUUGAGGGCUAACUGAAGAGGAGGAGACGGGAACACUAAUCCGUGUAGCGGCCCUCGGUCAGACCACCGCGGACUGCGAGCCGGUCUCGGCCCCUUUGGCGAGGAAUGGUGGGGUCCUGUCUCCUCCCUCCUCUUCUCAGUCGCUGCUCUCCUACGGGUGAACUUUCUCUCCCGAGCUGGGCUGAUUUUCUAGGCUUUCUUUCCCUGGCCUCGGUAGCGCUCUGACGUGCACACCAUGUGACAGGCCUCCUUCUGCUAUAAGCCGAGGAAAGGUCCGCCCUCUCCUGGACUCAGCCCUCUCCUCGCCGAGCUCUGUCCCUAGACUCUCAUCCGUCCCGCAAGCUCCCGGGCUCCCGACGCUCUUGACUUGCUCGCCCGGGGCCCCGCCACCCCCUCCUCCACUGACCCGGCGAGGGGCGCCGGGAGAGAGGAAGGUCAAGUCCCCCGCCCCGGCCGGGUGCGCUGGGAGCCAAAGGAGCGCGGAGAUCGUGGGUCUACCGCGGCGGCGCAGGAGUUACAAAGUCGCAGCGCCAGCCUCGGCCGCCGCCGGGCUACCCCGGCGCAGCUUGAGCAGCGGCGGCGCCCCCACCUCCCCCGCCCCAGCGUGGCGCCCCCGGGCCAGGCCCGCCGCCCGGGACCUGGGCUGGGACGCGGCGGGAGCCGGGAGCCCGGCGCCCCUAUGGGCCGCCUCGCCGCCGCCAAACCACAGCUAUGACCCUGAGCACGGAGAUGUCCGAUGCCUCAGGCCUCGCCGAGGAGACAGACAUCGACGUGGUGGGGGAGGGCGAGGACGAAGACGAUGAGGAAGAGGAGGACGACGACGAGGGCAGCGGUGGCGGGCCUCGGCUGGCUGUCCCCGCGCAGCGGCGGCGGCGGCGGCGCCGCUCGUACGCCGGGGAAGACGAGCUAGAGGACCUGGAGGAGGAGGACGACGACGAUGACAUCCUGCUGGCCCCGCGAACAGGUGGCUCCCCGGCGCCCCUGGGCCCGGCCCCUGUGGCAGGGGCCGGGGCUGGUGGCGGCGGCAGCGCGGGCGCGGGCGGCAGCGGCGGGGUGAGCGCUGGCGGCGGCGCCAAGAACCCCCUGGUGAAGCCGCCGUACUCGUACAUCGCGCUCAUCACCAUGGCCAUCCUGCAGAGCCCCAAGAAACGGCUGACGCUGAGCGAGAUCUGCGAGUUCAUCAGCGGCCGUUUCCCCUACUACCGGGAGAAGUUCCCUGCCUGGCAGAACAGCAUCCGCCACAACCUCUCGCUCAAUGACUGCUUCGUCAAGAUCCCCCGCGAGCCCGGCAACCCUGGCAAAGGCAACUACUGGACGCUCGACCCCGAGUCCGCCGACAUGUUCGACAACGGCAGCUUCCUGCGCCGGAGGAAGCGCUUCAAGCGGCAACCGCUGCUCCCGCCCAACGCUGCCGCCGCGGAGUCGCUGCUGCUGCGCAGCGCGGGGAGCACUGGGGGCGCGGGGGACCCAGCGGCAGCCGCCGCGCUCUUCCCGCCGGCGCCCCCACCGCCCCCGCACGCGUACGGCUACGGCCCCUACGGUUGCGGCUACGGCCUGCAGCUGCCACCCUACCCGCCGCCCUCCGCCCUCUUCGCCGCGGCUGCGGCUGCCGCCGCCGCCUUCCACCCGCACUCACCCCCACCGCCUCCGCCACCGCACGGCGCGGCUGCCGAGCUGGCCCGGACCGCCUUCGGCUACCGGCCGCACCCGCUCGGCGCCGCCCUGCCCGGCCCCCUGCAGGCCUCGGCGGCCAAGGCGGGCUGCCCGGGCGCCUCGGCGCUGACGCGUUCGCCCUUCUCCAUAGAGAGCAUCAUCGGGGGCAGCCUGGGCCCAGCCGCCGCCGCCGCCGCCGCCGCGCAGGCCGCCGUCGCCGUGCAGGCCUCGCCCUCCCCCUCGCCUGCGACGCCGUCCGCGCCGGCGCCCGGGUCAGCCGGCGGCGGCUGCGCGGCUCAAGCGGCAGUGGGCCCGGCCGCUGCGCUCACCCGCUCCCUCGUGGCUGCCGCGGCGGCAGCCGCCUCCUCAGUCUCCUCGUCGGCCGCCCUGGGGACUCUGCACCAAGGGACUGCCUUGUCCAGUGUCGAGAACUUUACUGCUAGGAUCUCAAAUUGUUAAUAACGCUAUGUUAGCGCGCUUGAGAAAGAGAAGGUAGGAAUCCCAGCUCCUUUUUUCAUCUGGGUGUUUUGUGUUUUGUUCCCUCCUCCCGGCGCGGACCCUCCCUACCUCGCGCCCACAUUUUCGCAGCUUUGGAUUCUCAGAUGAGACUCUGUAGGGCAACUGCUCGGGCGCGCUCUUCGGCUCUGCGGGUCCCUGUAUUUAUGCAAACUCGCCUUUUGCUGCAGCCCUGCAGCCUGGGGUGGGGAGGAAGAGGGUGAUGGUGGGGACCGCCCUGUCCAGGCACAAGGGGCUUCCUUGACUUUGGGAAAUUUUUUAAAAAGUCUAAGCCUUUUUGAGGUCUAGAGAGUUUCAGGUCCCCGAGUUUAAAAAGAAAAAAUCAGUAAUGUUCAAAAGAAGAAUAAUACAAAAAUAGUAAGGGUCCCGAAGAAUGCCAGAGAGGCAAUAGUUUUUUAUUUGAGGACACUUGACUGGUGUACUUUUUCAUGAAAAGGAAAAAAUGAUUAACGAACAUGUUUACACAAGGAAAAAAGUCAAAAUGAUCAUUUCUUACUUUAACCUGUGUUUUGUAUCAUAAUAGACAUGCGGAAUUUUUAUUUUGUACUUACUGCGUAUUCUUUACAAGGAGUAUUGUAAAUUUUACUGGCAAUUAUUAUUGUACCAUUCUAAUGUAAGAUUUUUACACUUUUUUUCAGAAAUAAAUGCUUAAUUUUCAAAGAAAAUCCACCAAAAGAA